AUGAAUCCUGAAGUAUUCGAAAACGAGCGACAGAACAUCUGGGCUUGUCUCGCCUCCCUCUCUCGAGAGACUCAUCUUCACACAAAUGAGCACAUUGCUGAAAUUCUUGAGCUGAAUGGCGGCAAAGUUGAGCUUUUCAAGACCCUUACUAGCCCAGGGAAUGUCUCCGGUCAAUGUUUUCGUAAUAGAUGUGAGAUGAUCAAAAUGGUCAUGUUCGAGGUAAGUGAUAAGCUCUUGCAUCGGCCAGCUCAUUCCGAUACGAGGGUCCCCAUGAAACAUGAAGUCGUUACGGAGCAUGCCGCAUUAGCUGACCAAGGAUCCAUCAACUCCUGCCCCUGGAAGGCAACAUAUCGGCUUGUAAGCCAGAUCAGUCGCAGCAUUCUGAUAGAGAUCCUGGACAUGCUUGCGAUUUCAGUUGGUAUGCUUACUAUGCAUCCGUAUGAUGACCAGGAUGAGUUCUCUGUGACAAUGGCCACACAAGCAUAUGCCAAAGAUCAAGCCUGGGUAGAGGUACCUCUUCAAACUGAGACCUGGGCAGAGCAAAACUAUCUCAGUUCUAUGUGGGGAUUUUUGCAGUACAUUACCUCGAACUGCGAUUGUAACCUCUGCCAAGGAAAGUAUUCGCCGCAACAAGGCUACUGA